AUGGAGAAUGUUGGAGAUAGCGCGAUCCCAAAGGAGCGAGCGGAGGAGCCCGAGCCUUCACAAGAACAAGAGCAUAAAUCUCUGAAAUACUCGUUACUAGGGCCAUCGUUACUGAAGGCCGGACAAGACGCGGUUGACCAGCGCAAAGUCUCUGAGAUUAUCUAUAACGCCUCUAAAGGCUCAAAAUUCUUCAAUCAUGAAGAAGCCAGAGACAAAGUUCUUACGGAGAAAAUCGAGCAAAUUCUAGCCCGCAGGGCUCGUCUGGAAAAGCUAGAUUUAUCGGCCGAUCUUCGACGUGCCGAUGAACACAUCGCUGAACUUGAACUGACUCGAGACCUGUCUCAGAUUGUAGUUCACGUCGAUUGCGAUGCCUUCUUCGCUGCCGUCGAGGAACUAGAUCGACCUGAACUCAAGCACUUGCCUAUGGCAGUCGGCAAGGGUGUACUCACAACAUGCAAUUACGUUGCUCGCAAAUUCGGCUGUCGCAGUGGAAUGGCUGGCUUUGUGGCGAAGAAAUUAUGCCCCGAUCUAAUUUGCAUACCGCAAAAUUACGAAAAGUACACUGCCAAAGCGGAAGAGAUCCGCGCGAUUUUCGUGGAGUAUGACCCUUGUUUCGAAAGUGCUUCGAUUGACGAGGCGUAUCUCAAUAUCACGGCCUAUUGCGAUGAGAAUGAUAUGGAUCCGCAAGAGGCGGUACAACAGAUGCGCUCGAGGAUCGCCGACGAGACCAAGAUCACUGUCUCGGCAGGUAUUGCGGCAAACACUAAACUUGCUAAAAUCGCGUCGAACCAGAACAAACCGAAUGGUCAGUUUUAUAUACCAAGUGAGCGUGAAGCCAUAAUGGCAUUCGUCAAGGAUCUUCCAGUCCGUAAAGUAAACGGUAUCGGACGCGUCUUCGAGCGCGAGCUGAGAGCCAUCGGCAUCGAAACCUGCGGUCAAAUAUACCCACACAGGGCAUCACUUAAAAGGCUGUUUGGAGAAAAGGCUUUUCACUUCUUGAUGCAAUGCCACCUUGGUCUAGGAAGAACAAAAAUCCAACCUGCGGUGGACUACGAACGGAAAAGCGUAGGAACCGAAAGUACAUUCUCGGAAAUAAGCGACCCCGACGCUAUCCGGGCCAAACUUCGAUGGGCAGCGGAUGAACUCGCUAGGGAUCUUUCGCGAACGCAGUUCAAGGGACGAACGCUGGUUCUAAAGAUAAAGUUACAUACGUUUGAAGUGUACACUCGACAAGUAGCGCCUCCGAAAGCUGUGUGGCUGGCUGAUGAUCUAUAUACGUACUCGUUACCAAUUCUGGCCAAGUUGCAGAAGGAGAUACCUAAUAUGAGGUUGCGAUUGCUUGGACUGAGGUGCACCCAUCUCGUUAGUACGAAGAAAGCCGGUCUUGAUUUCUUUGGGUUUCAAGCUGUCCCGAAGCCGUUACUUGAUCCUACGGCGUCUACUGAAGGUGCUGAAGAUGCUGAAGUUGCGGCGGCUCCUGAAGGCACACCAAACAAACAGCCGCAUAUCGGCGACGUACAGUCUACCACGGAGCAAGAAUUUGAAGACGCCGCCCGCCAGGAAAGAGAAGAGGAUAUGGAAGUCCUAGAACAACUCAGUCAAGAGGAUGCCAACAAUUCAGUCCCUUCCCCACCAUACCACGAAACAACACCCAUAAAGGUCCCCGAAUCCGGGAUCCGGCAGCAUUGGACGUGCCCCAUCUGUUCCCGGCCACAAGUCGCCGAUGAUAGAAGAUUCAACGAACACGUCGACUACUGUCUGUCAAGGGAAACAAUCAAAGAAGCUGUUCAGACUUCAGCUUCUUCAUCGAUGGCUUGCGAGUCCGAGCCUGCCCCUAGACACACACGCGACCCUUCAAACGCAUGGAAUAAGGAGCAAUACUCGAAGAAACGGAAGACAAAUAUCGAGACAGAUCCACGACAAAAGAGAUUGUUCUUCUCAUAG